UAGUGACGACUGUAAUUCAUGUGAACGUCUCAUAUCCAUGUAUGCCGAAAGGUCCCCACCUAUGCACACGCGGCAGGCAGGCAGUCAGGCAGGCAGGCAGGCAGUAACAUUAACAUGCGUUGGACCACACACGAAUGAAUGCACACGAAUUGCCUGCACCCACCACCGCACCCUUCCACCUCUGUACACUAGCUGCACACUGAUCUUCACUCCGCCACACACAAGCCGAGUCGACCGACCACAGAACCGUGCAUCCAUCUUCCCAUCCAUCCACCGCUGUACAUUACCCCUGCCCUCCCUCCAUCGCUGUUUAUCCAUCACUUGGCCUCAGUCUUGGACCCAUUCUCUACGCCUGACGGAAGAAGCCAACACACAGACACACGAUAACACACACAUCCGCGCGGAUCUGCGUGUGUAUAUGUGGAGCAACAUACACAUACCGCUGUUUGUCUUGUUGUUGCUGGAGCUAUCGCCGUCCUUGCCCUCGUCAGACGCCACUGCAACACACACACAGACACCAUCCAUCCAUCCAUCCAUCCAGUUUGAUGGAUGCCCUCCUCCCUCGCUGUGUGUGGAGUGCCCACCCGCAUCCUCCGAUUCGUUGGCUUUGGCCCUCUUGGCGCGGGGCAUGUUGCCUUGCUUCUCCUGCAUUACCUCCUUGAUGCUCUCGUCCAGCUUCUCGAUGGUGAUAUCCAGCAUCGUCGUGUCCAGGCCGCGCUGCUGGUGGAGCCGCAGCGCUCGCUCGGCUUUCUCACGCUCCAUCUGCAGGCGGGUCAGCCAGCCUGAAAGGCUCAUGCCAGCAGGACGACCGAACAAGAGGCUAGGCGGAUCCAUCGCGAAUCGACUCAAUGAACGUGUUGGUUAAGGAGAACGUGUUAAGGAAAUGGUGAAUGCGGCCCGCAGAUGGAAAACAGAACGAAC